CAUGAAUCCGACGUGUGAAUCAAGGCCGCACAGAAGUGCUCUGUUUCACAGAAGAGCUGUAAAUCUCUAAGCGUUCGUCAAAUGUCUGCACCUUUAAGCCAGGCUCGAGUAAUUAAAUGUGCGCGCCUCAUGCCGGUUUUCAAGGCCUCUCCAGAUCGUAGCCUUUUCCAUGGAGAAUGAAAUCAAUGACAAAUUUGAGUACAGCCCACUCAAGGACGAUUCUUCAUAUGGGGAUUCCAAUACUCCGGGAGCAUGGGGUAUAAGGCUCAUCCAACUUCAGCCCCCGAGCGGCCAAUUUAUAUCGUGUUCCUUGAUUCACACUUCUCUGGGAGCAACAGAUGGCCAUUAUGAAGCCUUGUCGUACGUAUGGGGCAAGCCGGAGUGCACAGAGCGAAUCUUGGUUAAUGGAAAAAUGCUGUCAAUCACGUCGAAUCUUGCAUCUGCUUUGCGAAGGUUGCGGUAUCCCAGAUCCCCUCGAAGGCUAUGGAUCGACGCCAUCUGCAUCAAUCAAGAAAACGUUGAAGAGAAGAAUCUUCAAGUAGGUCGCAUGUGGGCUAUCUAUGCUCUGGCAAGCCAAGUAAUCAUUGAUCUUGGCGAGGAAACGUGGAACAGCAGUUUGGGGAUGAAUAUGAUCCAACGCCUUGCAAAUGCUGGCAAUAGCCCACAAGAAAUUUUGGAUUUUUUCAACAAAAGCUCCGAUCACAAGUUUUCUGUCGCAUGCAAAGGCAUGCGUGACAUAUUUGACAGGCCGUGGUGGUCCAGAGUAUGGAUUGUGCAAGAAGUCGCUGUCGCGAGCAGAGCGGUAGUCAUUUGUGGAGACAGAUCGCUUAUGUGGUCUGACUUCGAAAAGGUCGUGGAAAUUUUGACCGAUCUCUCGUUCCGGCCGGAGAAGUAUGUGAAGGCCUAUAUGGCGGAUAUUCGAUUUCUCUACUUGCCCUCCGUUCAUUUAGCACCUGCAUGGUCAGUCUCCACAGCCCGGAAACGUUUUCGCGUGAGCGAAGAGCAUAGUCUAGCCGCGACGAUGAUAUCAUUCAAAUCGACUCAUGCCACGGAUCCAAGAGAUCAUCUGUACGGGCUAUUGAGGUUGUUUUCUUCGUUCCAACCCAUAGUUCCAGAUUACACUCGAACACCCUCCUCCGUAUUCAUGGACGUGGUGAGACUAUCCAUAAAAAGUGACGUGGGCCUUGCAAUCUUUUCUGCAUUAGAUUAUGGGAACAAUAGGUUGGACCUGCCUUCUUGGUGUCCCGACUGGACCGCUCCCAGCCCAGCAAAUUUUCCUUUUUACAUGCCGAUAUUCCGCUGUACGAAAACGAAGGAGGUGAACAGCAUAUUUGACGGACGAAUGCUUACUAUCCGCGGAAUCAGGCUCGAGAACAUCACCAAAACCGGUAGCCCAAGCUCGAUCCGGAUGAUGCUGCCACUCGAAGAGAUCUACGAGGCUGCGAACAGCCUUCGUCCCCAUGGCAUGAAUCCGCUUGACUUCACACGCCGGGUUGCGGAAUUUAUCGAAAGAUUGACGACGAUUUUCGCGCGGGAGCGCUAUUAUACGGAUGCGAGCGCGACCGGCGAUCUCAAGGAUCGUAUGAUAGCACAGAUAUACGGGACGUGGCGCAUGCGACGCACACUUGAAAUUGCGUCGAACCCGGGAAGUUACACCUUGGGAGUGCAGCAUCUUUCUGACAAGAGCGCAUUGGGUGUGCUGAAUCUCAGCAAAGACACCCAAAUUUUGAAUAUAGCUCAUGGUAGACGGAUCUUCAUCACCGAGAAUGGUGAGUUGGGCCUUGCACCGAGUGCUUCACAAGGUGGAGAUAUUGUUGUUGCCCUGUAUGGGGGAAGAACACCAUUCUGUCUGCGUCCAAUAUCUGCGACAGGAGACACCAGCUAUGAAAUUAUUGGAGAUUGGUGA